AUGGCUCCCAAGAAGCAGGGUGGAUAUGAUGACAAGAAAGACAAGACGGAUACGAAGGUUAAGGACACCAAGAAAGAGCAGGACAAAGAGUCAGAGCCGGUACAACACCCAGAGGCAAGGUCUUCGAACGAGUCAAUGUUUGCCCCAGCCAAUGUGAACAACAACAUUGAGGAACUCACGAGCGAGUUCAACAAGUUGAGUUUGGCUGAGCAGUUGGUGGUUGCCAAGAGUUUCGAGAGCUUCAACGAGCAGUUCAAGAAACGCAAGAGUGCCAUCAAGAGCGUCAAGCAAAUCCAGCAAAAGAUUGAAAACUCCAACAAGAAGAAAGACCCCAAAGAAAAGGAGCUCAGCGAGCGCUACAAGAAGACGCCGUUGAUGGUGAGGGUCUGGUUUGAAGGGCAAGUGUAUGAGAUUGAGAUCUUCCUGAGCGACCGUUUGGGUACUCUCAGACAGUUGCUUUGUCGCAAGCUUGGACUAAAGAAAGACCAGAAGAUGGGCUUCCAGAUGGACGGACAGCCCCUUUUGAAAAAGGAUGACCAAGAGCCCAGCAACACGACAUUCCUCUACACGCUGAACAACAUCCAGAACGGUGCUGAGCUCACGCUUUCGUUGAUUGAGAGCCCGCACGGUGUCAACGACGACAACGGCGACAACGACGACAACGAUGAGGUCAUUGGCUCGGACGAUGUCAAUAACCAGUCGGGGAGCUCUGAUGAUGACACUGAACAGUAG